GCCGAGACGUGCAUUUAUUGCAGCUUGGAUUGCUACUGGAUACUUUACUCGAGAACACUUUGUUGAGGACGGCAUGGAGCGAGAUGAAGCAAUUGCACUACUAGAUCCAUCUGGCAUGUUGGUCAAGAUGGGCAUCCCUUCUGACCAGAUUGUUCAAAGCUUGGAUACCAACAGGUGGUUUUGGGCCAUCAUCACAUCAGAUGACAAAUAUGCGUUGCUGCCCAACAUGGUGGCCUUGCAGGUGGAGAAGCACAUUUGUUCACAUCGAAAGAAAAGAAAGUCAUUGGUUGAAAAGAAACCGCAAGGUUGGGUGAACAAGCUCAUCAAGAUCAAUGAUGCAGAAAUGGCUUUCGUGUACAACCGGAAAGCUGGUUGUAUGGCAACAACCAAGUUCAUGAAGACCCGAACCACCAUCAUUGAUGGUUGUCUUCAAGUCAUAGGCAAUGCCAAGGGCUAUGAGAUCAUCCGAAUCAAUUUCGAGUUGAAUCCAGAUGCAGGCGACAGUCCGGAAGGCUUGAGAUGCUACUAUCUGAGCAGUGCAAACUUCGAGCGAUCACGAUUGUGCUGUGUCAAAAGUUCGGAGGCUCCAAGCGGAUGGGAUCUUUUGAAGCAAGCAUAUGCUGGUGAUGAUGAGAUUGA